AUGAGAGCUUUAGCUUACUACAAGAAGAAAGAUAUUCAUUAUGCUGAAGAUUUACCUGAACCAACUAUCAAUAACCCUAAAGAACUGAUUAUCGAUGUUGCUUUCUGUGGGAUCUGCGGGUCAGAUUUACAUGAGUAUACAGAUGGUCCAAUUUUCUUACCAAAAGAUGGCGAGACCCAUCCAUUAUCUAACUCUAAAUUACCACAACCAAUGGGUCAUGAAAUGACUGGGAUUGUUCGUGAAAUUGGCUCUGAUGUCACAAAAGUGAAAGUAGGUGAUCAUGUUGUCAUUGAGGCUGGCUGUGGUUGUAAAGAUUUGCCACGUUGGCCAAAUUCUAAACAUUAUGGAUCUGAACAAUGUCCUGCUUGUGCUUCUGGUUUAGAUAAUUGUUGUGAAAAUGCAGGGUUCACUGGGUUGGGUGUUGUUGGUGGUGGGUUCGCUGAACGUGUUGUUGUUGGUGAAUAUCAUACUGUACCACUACCAAAAGAAAUUCCAUUAGAUGUUGGUUGUCUUGUUGAACCAUUAUCUGUGGUUUGGCAUGCCUUGAAAUUGGCUAAUUUUAAGGCUAACAAAUCUGCUUUAAUCUUAGGUUCCGGUCCAAUUGGUCUAGCGGCAGUGUUGGCUUUGAAAGCAAUGGGAGCUUCCCAAAUUGUAGUCUCCGAACCGGCUAAAAUUAGAAGAGAUUUUGCAGAAAAAUUAAACGUUACUGUAUUUGAUCCUUCGAAAUAUGGUUCUAAUGCUGUGGAAGAAUUGCGUAAACUAUCAACCUCAGGGAAUGGGUUUGAUUAUGCCUUUGAUUGUUCUGGUAUCAAAGCUACUUUUGAGACAGGUUUACAAGCAAUCACUUACAGGGGCUCUUUAGUAAAUGUGGCUAUUUGGGGUAAGACUUUAGAUUUCGAUCCAAUGGAAGUAACUUUGAAAGAAAAACAUUUCACUGGGUCCAUUGGUUAUGUUGUUGAAGAUUUCAAAGAAGUCGUCGAUGCUAUUCAUCGUGGCGAUAUUAAAAUUGAUGAAAUUAGACAUUUGAUUACUGGUAAAGUUAACAUUAAAGAUGGUUGGGAAAAAGGUUUCUUGGAAUUGAUGAAUCAUAAGGAGACAAAUGUCAAAAUAUUAUUGACGCCUAACAAUCAUCAUGAAUUGGAUUAG